CUUAGGAGGGACUCUGCUAGUGAAGCAGACUGCCGUCGCGCACAUUGCGUGCUUUUAUUCGAGUGACGUAGACCAAGAGUACUUCCUCUAGAACUUCUUGAAAGAUGGGCCCUUGCGGACGCGCGUGCAAACGCGCUACAACUGUCAGUGUCGUUGUUAAGGUUUAUAGGACUUCUUUAUAGGAUUUCAUCUCUGUACAGAAAGAGAAACAAAGUGAGAAACACUGUAGUAUCUUUUGGCUGACAAUCGUGAAAGAACUUCUAAAGAUGACGAUACUCAUCCGCUUAACAAUAAUUUGGUAAGAAGAUAAGCUGAAGUCUGCUGGUUUAUCUAGUGGACCCACACCUAACCUAAGCAAAACUACGUCAUCGACAGCUCUAAUCUUGGUUCUACGGUUAUGGCGCGCCAGCAGAUGCUUCGCACAGAAAAGCAACCCUCAGCCAAAAAGGCAAAUACGGAAGUGCAGAAAAAUGAGGCAGACGACCAGAAAAACCAUGUGGAAACGGAAGAAAAGAAAUCGAAUGAGAAGAAGGUCAAGACGGAAGAGAAGACUUCUGUCAAGACGGAAGAAGGAGCUACAGUGAGUGAGGUAUAAUUUAUGAUAUUACUUGUUCAGUGUUUGUUCUUGUUGUGACUAUUUCAGAAAGUCGAUCGUUUGAGGUUUAGUAAUCAACCUAAGUAUCUUUAUGAUGUAGUUAGUUCACAUAUUUUCGCUUCAUGAUGGGCACCAUAUCUGUUCAGCCGAGUACAACGGUGGUGGAGAGUUCUGGCACGAAAGCGGACGUGGAUCAUGCAGCGCCUAAGUAGUUUUAUUGAGGAGGGGAUCAAACACGGAGAGGAGAGCAGUUUUCCAAAUUAGAAAUGUGUUUGGGUAUCAAUUCUUCGACUGCUGUUUUUUCUUUCUGAGCAUUCGCCCUUGCCGUAUUGUAAACGGUUUUAUUGAUGUAAGCCAGUCACUUAUGAAGACUAGUCGUGUGACCUCCAAGCUUGCUACUCGCUGUAUGUAUGGAACUCUUAGAGGGCACCUCGCAAUCUUUUAGAGCUAUCUUUGAUAUCUCACUCUGCUAACAGGGCACCUCGCAAUCUUUUAGAGCUAUCUUUGAUAUCUCACUCUGCUAACAGAGCACCUCGCAAUCUUUUAGAGCUACCCCUGUUAUGCGUCCCCUGUUAUCGCAUUAUGCGUCCCCAAAAAUAGCUACCCCUGUUAUCUUAUCACCUGCGGAAAUAUCUUUUACAAAGAAGGCGAGUCAGCUUUUCCGAGAACAAGAAAAAAUGUUGUAGAAUUUAAUUCUUGAUUUUGAAUAUUUUCAUUACAUCAUAAUCAGAACCAUACUUGGAUUAUUGUCUCAUCAAUUGUUUUCUUUUUAUUCCCAUCUGUCUUACCUACUUCGAUUGCAAACAUCAUUUUUGUUCUUCUAUCAAGCUAAUCUACGUGAGUCUGAAUGAGGCUGAUUCUGGUUUCCGUCUAUUUUCUGUUUCCUGGUGUGUAGAACGUUGACAUCCAUCUCUGUUCACCCUCUGUCUCCCCUCAGCUGUUGAGGCCGGAUUAGUCCGGGCUCCAUUCUUCGGGGAGCGGAGUUCUGAUUAAAGCCCACGUGCCCAAGGCGCGUGUUGGCUGGUUCAUUUCUGGCUGAUAUAGAUAUUGCACUUUUUGAACUAUUUAUCACUGGUCGACUUUUUGGUAGAUUGUACUUUUUGAAUUAUUUUUACGCGACAACUAGCAAGUUAUGAUGAUCGUUCCUGAUAUUUGUUGAGUUGUAAAGACCAUUCUCAAAAAAUAUGAUGAUUAAUGGUUAUUAUCGUGGCAUUCCUUUGUGAAGACUAACUUCCAACACUUGUUUCUGUCUAAUUCGAAUAUGCAUGAAAAUGAAUAUCUCGUUUCGAAGUGUCGCAUGACCCCCCUUGAGUAUUAUGAUUUGUUGUUCACUUUUAAAUUUCACUUGUUGUUUCUAUUUUUCCACCUAACUUGUUGUUUGCGAGGGUUCAUUCAGAGUCCAUUUUCACAUGUGAAUUUGUGUAGAGCUACUUAGUGCAUGUUAGUCUUGGGUCGUGCAUAAAUCUUCUGCGCAUAGAAAACAUCGACUUCAUGAAUGAUAUCACGGUAAGUCUUAGACCUACUAGUGUCUGUUCAUUUUCCUUCAUGAGAAAGAGUUGUGCAUAGGUGAAUUUCCACUGUGCAUACUGCUACUCUACAGAACAAGAAAAGUCAAUUUUAUACCUUUUCAGCUUCUAAUUUAUCACAGAGAGGUGGGAUCUGGCGGAAGCAUCACGUAAAGUAGAUCCUUUUCGGCGUUUUCAUAGGCGUGAACGCUGACCUCCCCUGAGGCGGGCUAAUUCCUAUCCCAUCCAUCACGACAAUCCUAAACCAAGGGGGGCAGCAUAUAGUCCUAUGGGAAAAAAAGCAUCCUCUGAAUGACUCGGGCUACCGCGCUUCGCCCCCCGAUCGAUUGAUUGACUGUUAGUGAAUGAACCUUCUUAUGGAUUCGCAUGCCACGCUGGAGAUGCGGGACGAGCGAUUUAUUUCUUCUGUCAUCCACCAGAAUUUAGAUGUUGUUGCCAUUCUCGU